AUGGCCGACGACGACAGCGCCGCCAAAUCCGCCAAGGGCUCGCGCUUCCUGAAGAAGAGCAAGUGGGGCAAGAUAUUCAAGGAGGACGACUCGGGCGCCGCAGGCCGGCAGGGCACCUUCAAGCUCAACGAAGACGUCGUCGACUUCCUCAAACCCAGCACCGAGAAGAAUGUCCCCAAAAUCGACAUCGCCAUCGCCAAGCGUUGGCCCGAUGCCCACGAGGUUCGCCGCGCCGACGAGGCCAGUCCGCUGCCGCAGACCACUUUUACCAAGCCUAAGAGGAGGAAAGGGUUGACGGUGAGCUUUGUCAAGACCGUGCCGGAGAUUAUUGGCGAGGGAGGCGAUGAUGCGGCGGAUCCACCCCGGGAGAUCUCGAGGUUGAAGGCCAUGGUGAGCAGGUCGGUGUCGGAUAGGAAGCCUGGAUCUAUCGACUUUGGACGUGGGCCAAAAUCGCCACCGAUACAGCCGGCGAGAGAGCAGCCGCCGCAGAGGAUACAGGAGGAUGAGGACAAUUUUGUGCCUCAGCCGCUGCGUAGGGCGCAGACGUCGCAUAAUGAGUUCUCGCCGCCUGUGCAGAGGAAGCAUGCUUCACCGCCCUUGGGACAGCCAGAUGUUCACAAGCCAAGUUUGGGUAGAACACCCACUGGUUUCAGUGAUCAUGAUAUGGACCAUACUACGCCGUUGGAUACGCCGGUUGAUCGACUGGAUGCGAUUAUGGGAGGCUUCGACAGACAGACGGAGACUGAGAGACCGAGGUCAAGAGAUCGCCCGACUGUUGUCACGACCUUCAACGAUAGAAAACCAGAGCCAGCACCGGCCAGCGCACACCCAGAGAACUUUUCGAGGAAAACAUAUGCGGGACUCUCGCCCAAAGACGCAGCAUCUCCAGUAGCGCAAAAGCGGAGGGAGAUGAGCGCUAACGAAGGCAUGAUGUUUAGGCGAGCGAGUAUGCUUAUUCAGAACGAGGACCAGGAGGAUGAUGACAGCCCUCCUCAAAGCAGUCAUCCUGCACCUUCACAAAUCAAUUUCCAGCAGCCGAUGUAUUCAACGCAGCAGUCGACCUCGUCGUCGGUUGGGACUUUUCAGCCGGAAACUUUCUCGCCUCCAGAUUCUGGGUUGACGCCGGAGACAGCGAUUACCCCUGGUGGACUCAAUCCUUUUGAUGAUCCCAAAUACACCAAGAGGCAUUCGAGAGAGACUGCUCCUGAACAGAUUCCACAGUCGCAGCCUCAGUCCUUGCGACAGACCGCCAGGCCGCCACGCUCGCAACAACCUACAGAUCCUUACCAGUAUCCGCCGAGGAAUGAGUCUAGAGAACAGCUUCCAGCUUCACGAAACACUUCUACUGAGCACCGUGUACCGCAAAUCUCGCAACCUCAUCCGCAAGGGCAUCAGAGAGUGUCAUCCCGCGACGGGAACUACAUGCGCACAAUGCAGCCGCCGGAGGGUAGCCUCAUCCCCUUAAGACCAGCGCCUCCGCCAUCCGCCCCUUCACAAAACAUGAGAGUGCCAUCAGAUACAUCAUCGCGGGAUCGGUCCAGAUCGCCAGGGUUGCGUGAUCGCCUGUUCGAGUCUGCCACCGCAUUGGAGAAGCUGGAAGGAGACCGGCUCGAGAAGCCAGCUGCAAUGUUUAGUAGGCCAAAUGGCUCCUCCACCAGCCUCAACAUGUUCGCCCCUAGCGCAUCACACUCAAGGACUGGAUCGAGAGACGGUACUUCUUCACCAAAGAUGCUGCACCCAACGAACUCUGUUUCGCAGCAACAGCCGCCUUCGCCUCGCUACCAGAAUCCACAAUAUAACCAAAGCCCUCAGAACCAGAGCCCUCGAUCUUCGUUACUUGGUCCUGGAAGGCCCGGUGUGUCCCCAUCUGGACCAUCACCAAGGCCACGCGGGAGCCCCGAGGACUACUUCGCUGCCCCCAGAGUCAAUCAAUCGCAACCGGUCAAGUCUCCAGCUGCACAACUUCGUCAAGAGGAUGCAGAGCGACCUGGAUCAUCGGCGUCAAACCACUCACUUGGACGACCUGCCGUAUCGCCAAUGCCACCAGAGCAUGGAAACCCAGCUGCUGACGCUGCUUUCGCAGAUUUCGCGGGGCGCGUAGCACACAUGAAAGGUGUAUUCAAACUUACUGCUGAGAAGGAGCUACCUUCGGAUCGGUGUAGUCCUGAUUCAUGGUUAAGAGCUGCUCUAUGGUGGUAUUUGAAGGGCAAGGCAGGCCUCGAGCAGAUGCUGCAACAGCGACGACCUGAUGAUCGCCGAGAACUACUCACACAAGCACAUGUGGAUCUGGCCAAGGCUUGGUGGAUAUUGUCUGAUCCGUUGGAGGCAUAUGAUUUUGCCGACGAACCGAGCCCUCAAAGCGCACGUUCUGGAGAUGGUCUGGAGUCGUUGCUCAGGCGGUCUAUCGCAGCCAUUCGAGCGCAUCUCAAACCGCUCUGUUUGUCCAUGGCCAAGAAUCAUCUGCUACCGCCAACGCAGUCUCUCAUUCAAGGACAGGAUACACGAAUCUGGUUGGAAUACCCACGUUUCACGCCGGAUGCUGCUGCAGCGCUUGGCGGGAACGCUCGAAACUCGCUCCUCAUUGACGAUACCACGCCGACCGUGGACCCAUAUCAGAUGAUGCCCCUCAGCGAUACUAGAGAGACGUUUUGCUAUGGCCGGUUCCCGGUCGAAGUCUUCAUCAACACCGACGAAGCGGACACGGACAGGAUUGUUCUGCCAUGCAUCAUGACUGUGCUGCGGGGCCGAAGAGAAUACCAAACGAGCUUGACUAUUGCUAGUCAGACCAACCUCGUCAACAUCAGAAUCUCGCCCAAGCAAGUCGACAAGCGGUCAUUGACAUGGUCCGAUGUGUCUUGGAAAGCCAGCGCAUUCGGCAUGUCAAUCAGACUACCUCGAGGCUUCGAUUUGAGCGUUCGAAUGCAAGAGCGUGACUUCCGUGCCGUCUGGAACUUGUCCGAAUAUGCACGCAAAGUGGAGAAGAGUCUGCGAACUGAGCCUGACGAGAAGCUGGUCCAUGAAGCUCGACUUGCUGAGCUGCAAUAUGCCGACUCUUCAAACUCCAGCGCAUUCCCUGCAGAUAAGCUGAAAGCAUGCACGGCCCUCAUUUUCGAGAAGAUGGGCACUCACACGGAUGGCAGCGGCAUGCGUAAGGUGCACCGCGGUUUCCGCAUGCUACUGAUUACUGAGCCUGGCCACAAGACGUUGAGCAGUGCCAGCCAUGAGGUUUGCCGUGGAGCGCCGCUCUUCUUUGAGUACUUGACCGAUUCUACGGCCAAUGGCCAGACUGCCAUGGUCAUCCGUGUCCGAGAAGAGAAUAGGCAGUGCCGAAUGCUACUGGUCUUCCCCGACGGUGGCAGUCGACAGGCGCUGUACGAUGUGCUCAACGGAUUGACUGUUGGCCCGGAUGAGACGAUUGUUGGCAGGAUGACUCUAACGAGCCUCAACAUCGAGCCGGCGUCCCAGUCUGAAGGCUUCUCACAAUCAGCCCACCCUGCCCUUCGCAGCCUGCAGUGGCAGAAGCUGGGCGUUACGAAUGCGCUGUCAGACGACCCCAACAGCAGGAUAGCCAAAACAGUGGAGUCGGAGAAUCUGCGGAUAGUCGCCAGACAUGCGAGUGGAUGUAUAACAGAUCGACUAAACCUGGGCAAGGGAGAGCUGUUUUUGCGCCUGCCAGUGACCGACACCCCGACGGUGCAGAUUCUGCGCGAGCCCCAGGAGGAUUUGACGAUGUCCAUUGAUACGAGGUACUCGCCGCAAGACGUUGCCAACGGAUGUGGACAACUGCUUCAAAUCAUCAUGCAACAACAGACCAUCCGCACGUUCACCUUUGCCACCCUGGCCGACCUUCACGCAUUCCAAGCGUCGAUCACAGGCUUUACUGUUCGAUAUGAUGGACUCGCCAGCAACUUUGGCAUUUCGCGGCGACGCAUGGUUGUUCCGAUCUACAAGAAGUGGGAGGCGUCGAAUGUUCGUCUUCAAGUCGUCUCCCAGGGAGCAGUGGUGCAGCUCAUCGCAUUCAUGGAGGACUUCAGCCAUGCAGAUGCACUCUGCUUCCAGAUCAAGUCGACCGACGUUUUCGAGAGCGUCAAGGGCGAUAACAAGAACAAGAAAUGGGGUGUCAAAAUGGUCGAUGCCAAGUUCACUCUACCGAGCGAAGAGAGCGAGGACAAGAGACGUUUCAUUAACUUGGAAGGUCUCGAAUAUGCUGAAGAGCAUGACGACAUUACUGUAGGGUUUGAGACGGAGCAAGACCGCGAUCGUUUCGCUCAAGCCCUGCCUGCUGCCACGAGUGUUUCUCGUGGCAUAACUCUCAAGCGACGCAUUUGA